CGGCUCCGUUGUUUACCCAUAUUCCUUUUUGGCGCGGUUGAUGCGGUGAGCGCUGGUUGCUGCGGGUUUUGGACCCGGCUGUAGUCGGUAGUGCCCCAACCGUCCCCGCCUGCGCGGUCGGGGUUCCCCGGUGAGCUCGGCCGUUUCCCUUCUCCCUGGACGGGACCAUGGAAGACAAACCAGUGGUAGUCUCCAAACAGAAGACAGAAGUGGUAUGUGGCGUGCCCACCCAGGUGAUCUGCACGGCCUUCAGCAGCCACAUCCUGGUUGUGGUGACCCAGUUUGGGAAGAUGGGUACACUAGUCUCCUUGGAGCCCAGCAAUGUGGCCAAUGACAUCAGCAAGCCAGUGCUGACCACAAAAGUCCUCCUCGGGCAGGACGAGCCUCUCAUCCAUGUCUUUGCGAAGAACCUGGUAGCGUUUGUAUCUCAAGAAGCAGGAAACAGAGCCGUCCUCCUGGCCCUGGCUGUGAAGGACAAGAGCAUGGAGGGCCUGAAGGCCUUGAAGGAGGUGAUCCGGAUGUGCCAGGUGUGGUGACCUGCAGUCAGCAGGACAUGACAGUCGGACAUGACAGGUGGACGCUCGGCAGGGUCUGUGAGACCCAUCUUUCCAGCGCCAGGACAGUCAGGCGGAGGCUCAUUCUCUGGCUUUAGCCCUUGAAGCCGGAAACAACAUUCAGAUCUCAGGGGACUCUCCCCGUGUGGCUGCUGUGUUCCGCCUGAGACCCUGGAAAUGAGUCUGGGCCACAGCAGAGGCACCUGCGGCGUGGAAAUCCGCAGCCAGUUCUGGGGACUGGCGGCCGUCAGUGUGUGUGCAGCAGCACUUGUGGGGAGCCUUUUUCGUUAAAAGUAAAUCUAAACUGCCUGA